GCAAUGCAGAGCCCGGGGAAUCUGAUCGCAGUUUUGAGCUCUCGGUGGUUUGUCCCUCUGCGCUCGCCGGUGCUCUGCAUUUUGCAAAUUUUGCACUUUGCCUCCCUAACAAAUUAAAGGGCAAAAACUAGAGAGAGAGUUUGCAUCAAACGCCGAGGCCGCUCGGGCAGCGACAGCGAGACUAGCUCCGGCGUAAGUGGUGCCCCCCUCGCGGGCCUCCUCGGUCAUCACAGAAAGCACAACCCCGCCCCAUCCCAACGUUCUUCCAGAGGCAAAACAGAAAUUGCUGGAGAAAUUCAGUGCACAGAGAGAGAGAGAGAAAGCAGAGUCUAACCACUGAGCUCUACUUGGGGAAAGGGGUUGAUCCAUCAUGGAAAGAAUCCAGCAUAUCGUAUCCACUGCCCGAGCUGCCUAUAAUCGGGGGAAAAGCCGGCCUCUGGAGUUCCGCAUCCAGCAGCUGAGGGCGCUGGAGAGAAUGCUCAUUGAGAAAAAGGGGGAAAUAUCAAUGGUGCUGCAAAAGGAUUUGCGCAAGAAUGACUUUGCUGUGGAGGUGUUUGAAAUUUCCGGCAUUUUGAAUGAGAUUUCCCUGGCCAUCACCAAGCUCCCCGAGUGGACUGCACCAGAACACGUUCCAAAGAGUAUGAUGACAUUAAUGGACACUGUUUAUAUCCAUCGAGAACCUCUCGGAGUGGUGCUGAUCAUAGGGGCCUGGAACUAUCCCUUGGCUCUUAUAGUCCAUCCUCUAAUUGGGGCGAUUGCAGCAGGAAAUGCUGCAGUCCUGAAGCCAUCUGAAGUGAGUGAGAACACAGCCCGGUUACUGGGGGAGCUGCUUCCUCAGUACUUGGAUAAGGAUCUUUACCCUGUCAUUAACGGAGGGGUGGCUGAGACGACAGAGCUGUUGAAGCAGCAGUUUGAUCACAUCCUGUACACGGGCAGUACCAACGUUGGCCGGAUCGUCAUGGAGGCUGCGGCCAAACACCUGACCCCUGUGACCCUGGAGCUUGGCGGGAAAAGUCCGUGUUACAUUGAUGCUGACUGUGACCUGGACGUGGCCUGCAGACGUAUCGCUUGGGGAAGGUACACGAACAGUGGUCAGACCUGCAUCGCUCCAGACUACAUCCUGUGUAGUAACAAUAUCCAGGAUGAGGUGGUGAAGAAGAUUGGCUCAGCCAUCUCCGAAUUCUACGGAGCUGAUCCCCAGAAAUCCCCGGAUUAUGGACGUAUCAUCAACAAACGACAUUUUAAGAGACUGAUGUCAUUGCUGGAGGGAGUGAACGUGACAUUUGGUGGUCAAAGUGACGAGAAGGAUCUCUACAUAGCUCCCACGAUUGCGACUGAUGUGGAUCCCAGCUCCAGGAUUAUGCAGGAGGAGAUCUUCGGCCCAUUGUUGCCCAUCGUCACGGUCAAUAAUGCCGACGAGGCCAUUCACUUCAUCAAUAAGAGGGAAAAACCCUUGGCUCUUUACCUCUUCUCUCGCAACAAAACGUUAAUCAAGAGGAUGAUCGCAGAGACUUCCAGUGGAGGUGUAACCGCCAACGACUGCUUGAUCCAUUACAGCGUUGACACGCUCCCGUUUGGGGGUGUGGGGAAAAGUGGCACCGGGGCGUACCACGGUAAAUUCAGCUUUGAAACCUUCAGCCACCGCCGCGCUUGUGUGUUGAAGUCGCUGGGAAUGGAGAGAAUGAACAGUGUCCGCUAUGCACCGGCCACUGAUUCCAAACGGAAAUGGACCCUUUGGCUGCUGAAGAAACGUAAAGGAUUCGGGAAAAUACGCCUUUUGACAUUCGCGUUACUGGGAAUUCUGGUUGCCAUCCUGAUGAAGUUUUACCGUGUGUGAUACACAGCAGGACUCUGAUGUCUUGAAACCUGUGAAGACUUGGACCAUGCAAAAGGCCUCUGUGUUUCUUAGGCAACCGCUAUUUCAGAAAAAUGCAACCAAAUUGAAGUCUCUCCAAGAUCUCAGUUGAACACCUCCCCGAUUAACCUGUGCAAGUCUGUCCUGACACUGGUGAAAGUAGCUCCAUCGGGAGAGCUAGUGUUAGCACGGACGGGAGCUUAAUGGUUUCAUAUACUGCAAUUUUUUAAAACAUAAUUCUUUGUACAAUCUAUAUCUGCGUUUUAUAUUAGUGUAACUCAUAACUGCAGCUUGCUUUUAGCAUGAAUAACAUGUUUAUUAUCCUAACGUUUAACCACUCAAUUCAUUCCUGUUAUUAAUCAUAAUAAGGUUUAAACAAUAAGUUGCUUCUCACACUAAGACACCUCUGUGCUUCUGCUCAAUUCUGCUGUUUCUCUUGACAUAAUUUGGUCAAACUGAUGCUAAAAGCAGCAGAAUUUUAAGUGCAAAUCUAUCCGUGAUCUUUUUGUGACAAUUUUCCAAACAAAAACUUCAAGUUUGGGCCCCACCACAUUAUUCUAAAUAGUGAGCUUCCACUGAUGUGAAGAGCACUUGAACUAGCAGCUGAAGUAUGUCAUUUGGCCUAUUCAAUGCUGCUGCACCAUUCAGUGUAAGGGUGACUGCACUUGGGCUUCAACACUACUACCCACCUCCCAGAUCCCUCAAUUCCCUAAGCAUUUCUAUCCCAACCUUAAAUAUAUAUCGCAGAGGAGCUUCUAUAACCCUCUGGGUGGGGCAUUCCAGUGAUUCCCAAAACUUCUGAGUGCUGUCUCAGUGAUCCAGUAUGAGGCUGUCCCCCUGAGUUUCUUUUCCUCCAUGUCUACUCUGUCAAGCACUUUCUCAGUGAGCUGUACCUCUGGGAAUUUGUGAGGACGUUAUUCAAAUCAGGAAGGUUCUUUUGGGUACAAUAGCGAUUGACAUACUUCUUUCAAAAAAAAAGUUUUGUAUACAGCUAUUUUUAAUUUGCACAGAAGCUGACUUCUGUAACCAUGUAUAAGUAACAAAUUAUUCUCAACGCUUGUGAUGAUGUUUUUGCGGAGUUAAACACUGGUUACAGAUUGUGGGCCAUUAAAAAGGUCUUGGUGAUAAACUC